AUGGGGCAGCUGGGCGACUUUGAGGGACCGGCGGAGGUGGAUGCGGUGGUGGACGCGCUGACGACGGCCCUGGAGGUCGUCAGCGCGCAGCUGUCCACCCAGGUGCUGGAGAACCACGACAAAUUCCUGGAGGGCCUGGGCACCAUCGCGGAGGUUGAAGGUGACCUGCAGCAAGCCCACGUUGUUUCCGUCAAUGCCCGCAUAAACUUGAAGUUUGCUCAGGAGGAGGUCCGCACAAGUCUGAGGAUCGCUGAGCGCACGCAGCAGAAAAAGAUGUAUGAGGAUGUGCUCGAGGUGCUCAUGAAGCUGCAGUGGAUAUCACACAUGAAGGCAGACCUGCAGGGAGCACAGGAACAGGGGGAAUAUAUGGAGGCAUUCAUGCUGUGUGCAGAGUGCUUCGAUGCUCUGGAGUCGAUGGGGGACGUGCAGUUUGCAGUGCAGUUGAAGGCAGGAAUCCAUGGAAUGUACAUGGAGACGGUGGACCGCCUUGACUCCUCCCUGCGAGCUGUGUGCAACGACUUUGAAGACAUGGAAUAUCAAAAGAUUUUGGGGGGAUUCAUGUUCCUGGGCACCAGCGUGCAGGAGAUCUGCGACAAGAUCCUGCAUUGCUACCAGGAGCUUGUGAAUGGGCAUGCGACCAAGGUGGUACGCUCCGUGCUGGCCACAACCCCCAGCCUGGCUAAUGCGGCGGUUACCACGGACUGGGAUGUACCUUUUGCUGAGGUGGCCAAGUCUGUGCCCUUUCAUCUGCUAAGGCCGUGCCUGUCCAAGCUGCUGGAGAUCCUGUUUGGCGUGCUGCAGAGCUACCACAGGAUGGAUGUCUGGCACGAGUCUGUGCUGCGAGAAGGGGGCCUUUCGGGAAUCCAAAAUGGUGUGCAGAAACAGGCAUUUGCGGAGCCACCGGAAGAGGCGCCCACAGACUCCUCAGAGGUUCCUUCGAACAGCAUCGGCCAGGAGUUUCCAGAGGGCAGCUCACGGGACCUUGAAGCCAUGGAGGAGGCCCAGAGGGAGGCACUGGCAGUGGUGCACGCCACUUUGGGGCAGUCCAGCAAGCUGGUGUGGGAAUCGUGUGCACGACGAGUUCGGGACCUCCUCAAUGGGCCUUCUGCUUUUGAGGGCGAACACUUCCUGCAGGUGAUGGAGCUGUGCCAGAGGUUCUCUGCUGUGGGGGAAGCCUUCAUUGGCUCUGAGUCGGAGACACUGCGCUCCACCAUCACAGAACACUGUGGGCGUUUCUUUGACUCCUACCACAGAGCAAGCAUGGAGGCCCUGGGGCAGCUGCUGCGGUCGGAGCAGUUCGUGGACAUAUCUGGACCGGGAGACGAGGGCGGUCGGGUGUCCCUGGCCGGGAGUGCGCCCCAUGAGGCCAAGGUCGCGGCAGACUUUGACAUGCUGGUCGAGCGGGGAAACCCCUUCCGAUUGGGUGGGCCAGUGUGGGAGGAUGGCCAGGAGGAGCCGGCCGAGCUGUGGGAGGACAAGAUCGAUGAGGAUGGUGGCGGGGAAAGGAUGGGACAAUCGAGCAGUGAGCCGGGGCAGCCCUCAGGCAGCUCUUCCCAGGGCUGUCUGACGAACUCAGCACGGAAGAUAUUGAAGUGGAUGUCAAACUAUGUGACGCUGAUGCGUCCACUGCGGUUCAGGGCAGGGGACGUGUUUGGUGGGAUGUGUGACCUGUUUGAUGCCUAUUUGUUGGAGGUGUUCCUGUUUGCUGGGGGCAUGAGUUUGGAGGAGCUGGUUUGGGAGCAGGAGCUGACAACCACACGGCUGCAGUCCACCCUGUUGAGGAUCCUGACCAGGGAGGGUAGUCGGCACAGGGAUGAGGUUGAACGGGUGCGGGCCUCCAAACCCAACAAAGUCAGCACGACUGCCACAAGCGGGGGCAAGUUUGCAGCUGAGCUGAAAAACUUUGCACGCGUGUUCAACAUGGACAAAACUUCAUCGCAGGCGGCCGGGGUUGCGAAUGGGUUGGGUGGUGGAUCUGCACCCGACACGCCCUCGCGUGGGGGCAGGACGCCAACGUCCGGGUCAGUCGACCGCAGUUUUUUGAUGGCCUCCACAAACUUGUUCGGACUGAGGGAGACAGUAACUGCUGUGGGCUCGUUGGAGACGCUGGCGAUUGAGUUGCAGAGUGCGAGGGGGAUGCUGCAUGGGUUGUUGCCACCUGAGUCUGCACGGGUGAUGGACAGCUACUACUCCCGCACUGUGGAUGCCACGCAGGACCUGAAGGAGUGUGCGUUUGGUAAUGCUGCCCGGCGUCUACUGAACCAGGUGCUGGAUCCAAGCCGGGGCACCGCAGUGCAGGUGGCCUCGACCUCCUAUGACAAGGACGACCCCUCUGUGUCUCAUGCCUCCUGGGCCCAUAUUCUGGGAGAGCACAUAGGCCGCUUCUCAGAGGUGCUGAACUACUCAGGCCUCCCCAAGGGAGUCGUGGGCAAGCUGUGGGAACAUGCAAUGGCAGUGGUGGCAGAGGUGGUUGUGGAUGGUCUCUCGAGAGUGGAGAAGUGCAGCAUGGCAGGGCGGUCCAUGAUGUCCGUUGACCUGUCGCACCUGGAGAACAGCUUCAGGCUACACGUGCCUGAUGGUGUGCAGGUCAACCUCCGAGCCGUGGACACAUACAUCAAGGCCUUUUACCUGCCGUGGGAGGACCUGCCCAAGUGGGCAGCCACGCACCAGGCUGAGUACGGUCGCACCAAGAUCCUGGCUCUGGUCAACCUCAUCGCAGAGCGGCUGGUCACUGUCGAGCAUCGGCAGCUGAAGCGUGGUGACAUCCGGGCCAUGACGCAGCAAGUCGAGGCACAGAUCGACCAGUUCAUGGCAUAG